GUUGGAUCGGGAGCUGAAGCUUGGGGAAUCCAGGAAAGGAGAAGGGACACGAAAACCCAUUGAUACCUGUUGAUAAACUUGGACAAAUGGACCGCUGGCAGGAUCGCGUGGCUGUGGUCACAGGGGCCAGUUCCGGAAUCGGAGCGGCGGUGGCCAAGCAUCUGGUGAAGGCGGGGGUGGUGGUGGUGGGCAUGGCGAGGAGGAUGGACCGCAUGGAGGCCAUCAAGGAGCAGCUGCCGUCGGAGCUGCAGAGCCGCCUGCACCUGCUCCACUGCGACGUGGCGGACCUGGAUUCGCUGACCGCCGCCUUCGAUUGGGUCGAGGAGACGCUCGGCGGGAUCGACAUCCUGGUGAACAACGCCGGCUGCCUGAAUCCCGGCCAGCUGCUCACCCUCGAGCUGGAGCAGCUGCAGCAGGUGCUCAAUGUGAACCUGAUGGGCGUGGUCAUCUGCACCCGGCGCGCCUUCCGCUCGAUGCAGCAGCGCGACUUCGCCGGCCACGUGGUGCUCAUCAACAGCCUCACCGGGAGGAACAUCAUCAACCCUCCGGGCGCCGAGCUCCAGAGCCUCAACAUGUAUCCGCUGACCAAGCACGGGAUCACCGCCCUGCUCGAGAUCCUGCGCCAGGAGUUCCGCGGCUUCAACACCAAGAUCAAGGUCACGAGCAUCACACCCGGCGUGACGGACACGGAGAUUCUUCCUCCCGGGUUCGAUGUCCUACCGAUGCUGAGCCCAGAUGACAUCGCCGAUGGCAUUAUCUACGCCCUGGCCACGCCCCCUCAUGUCCAGGUGCACGAACUGACCAUCAAGCCACUGGGCGAACCCUUCUGAGUUCUCACUUUGGAUAAGGCCCACUUGGUUUUCAGCUAAUAUACAAAGCGAUGAAUAAAAUGUCGUGU